AUGCCCGACCGAUGGCCUCCCGCGCUGGAGAUCCCGCGCGCGCUCAAUGACGACCCCGCGUUCCACGCCGCGGCGCCGGACGCGUACGUGUGCGCGCUCACGCGCGAGGUGAUGAAGAAUCCCGCCGUCGUCGGACGCACGGGACGGAGCUACGAGCGCGCGGCGAUCGACGCGUGGAUCGCGCGCCACGGGCGCGAUCCCGUCGCGACGAGCGUCAAAGUGACGCGCGAGGACGCCGCGCCGAAUCGCGCGGUGCGGGCGUCGAUCGAGCGGUACGUCGCGCGCGAGACGGCGAGGCGCGCGCGAGGGGCGGCGACGGCGAACGAAGGCGCGAACGAAGACGCGAACGAAGACGCGAACGAAGACGCGAACGAGACGGACGACGAGGAAGACGAUGAGGAAGACGAGACGAGCGAUGGGGAAGGAGAGGCGAAGGAAUCGGGCGGGACGGCGGUGAACUGGCGCGCGAGAGUGGAGACGGCGACGCGCGAGACGGCGACGCGCGAGACGGCGGAGACGAGAAAGGUGCGCAGAUAUUUGUUUCCGCGGCGACGCGUCGACGUCGUGAGGGCUGAGUUUCUCGUGACGUCAGUGACGUAUCCACAGCGCGCCGAUGAGCCCGACGGGAAGUUUUUCAGGUUUAAAAUGGAAGACUUGACGAAAAUCGUCGGCGAUUGGGCGGGCGAGGAUUUGGAGGCGUACAAAAAGGGUGAGGUUAAAGACGGUCAAGGCGCGUCGUUCGUCGUGAGACGCACGGAUAAGGAUGGGAACGUUAAAGGUACGAAAACAGUGUGCGUCUGGGGUGGGCCGAAAGGACAAGGUGUUGGACGCUGGAACCCGGCGGUUCGCGCAAAGGCGGGCGACUGGGCUGUCGGCGAUAAAGUCACUUUGAUGAAUUACAGCGAAGCGCUCGCGAUGCCACCGCGGACGUUUCCACUAUCUAUCAAAGAGUACAAAAUACACUCACCCACGGGCUGGAACCUCCCCGCGAACGCUAUCCGUUUCGGCCAAGCUGGUUUGAUCGGGCACUGGUGGAAGACGCUCGACGUAGAGUUCGUGUUGGAUGACUCAAACGUAGGUACGCGAGUGUACGGCGUUCACACCGAUGCGCCGUAUGAAACUCUCAAAUUUGAAGUCCAAGCUCUUCGCUCUGACGGACGGUGGCACAAAGUUCGCUUAAGCUCGAAGAAAGUACCUUGGGGACGCACGUUUAAGCGUCCGGUUGAUGACGCUACGUCCAUUCGCGUGACGUGGCCAGAUACUGAUUUGCACAAGUUACCUCUCAGUGCUCACCGUAGUGGCGAAGGUUUACACGCCAACAUCGUCGGUUCUACGACUGAUAUCGACAUAUUAUCCGUGGUUCACCCCACGGCAGGGGCUGACGGUAAAUAUUUCCGCUUCGACCCCGCAGCCAUGGCGGCGGCGCGCGGCGGUGCGCGUGACUGGGAAGGGACGUAUACUUGCUAUGUGCUUCGCACUGGCGUCCGAGAUAAAGUGACGUUCAAACAUGGACCGCUCGGCAAAUCUGCCUCGAAGACUUUAUAUCGACACGUCGAGUCCGACGAUGAAGAUACGAAGCCAAAAAAGUCCUUUUUAGCUACCGUCGCGGGCAAAGGGCGCAAGUUUAUUCGCUUCGGCAAGUCACGCAGCGAAAUAGAGGCGGGAGAGAACGACGACGUCUCCGAAGAUGAUGACGCGGAGACUGGCGAAGAAGUUGUCGCCGACGACGCUGACACGAAUGAAGACGUUGAGAAAGAAGAGCAUGAACUCGUGCAAGCACUCGGUAUUGGAUGCUAUUCCACCGGCGCUCGCCCGGGAGACUGGCGCGUCGGCGACGUCAUCUUGCUCAAGCGCUACGUCCUUCAGCCCGGCGUCGUGGAGCCCUCGCGACCAGCCGCAUCAACACGCAAAGAUGGAUACGAAGAGGCGUCAAAAACAGACGAGUGGUUCCGGGUCUACCACCCGGACCCGAUCGAACCCAAUCAAGUCGACGAAGUCGUCAUUCCCGACACCUAG